GUUAUUUCAUAGUUUUGAUGUCUUCACUAUUAUUCUAAUAUGUAGAAAAUAGUAAAAAUAAAGAAAAACCCUUGAAUGAGUAGGUGUUCUUAAACUUUUUACCCGUAGUGUAUGUACUAGAUGAGGACAUGACACAGUCAUAACAUUAGCAAUGUAAAACACCUUUAUAUGUCUUAUGAAGAUGGUAUAAGUCACUUAAAAGGUUUUCCUUAUUUAGUACCCUUAUGUUAUUGACUUACUUUGUCUCUUCAGGGCUUACAUCUCUUACUGAGGCGGUCUAGCCUGGAUGGAGGGGUGAGCCGACACACAGUCCUACCUCUCCCCUCCCUCCAGCUCUCUCUGUCCCUUCUCUCUGCAGUGUGUCCGGCAUAGCCGCAGUGGCGGUGCCGAACAGAGCUUGUGAUUUUAAUGCCAUAGUGACUGGUGUCAGUGACAAGCCCCUUUCUGUCCCAGUGGUGAAAUACAGCACACUCCACCUCGGGACAAGGUGUGCCACUCAUAUUCACAGAGAUUUCAGGAUGAAGAAACACACACAGAGAAAGCUAACGUUGUGUGAAAGGGGGUUUAGAUAGUCUAUUAGCUCAGUCCUGUGAGAAGCUGAGCAGCAGUGGUUUACGCCAGCGUGUUGAUGGCGGUAGGGGAGAUGGACAUUUACAGAUGUGUUUUGUCUGUGUGCCAUAUGUUGUACAUGUAAGAGGGAAAAGAGUGUGUUUAUGAGAACAUUUCUAUGAGUUUUGGGGUUAUUUGAAGAAUACUUGAGACACACAACUCUUUGUAGUGGAGUUACUUAGGAAGGUAUUAUUUCCUGGCACCUUGACAUCACCUUUCCUGAAGUUAGUGGUCAAUCCUGGUUGGGUUGCCACCGAAAGGGUAGGAAGCAUGAGUUUUUACUCACCAAUGUAACAACACAGUGUGUUCAAAGACUUAGUAACUCUUAGGUAACCAGAUCAUGUUUUGGGGUUAUUACAUAUUUAUUAUUUCUAGAUAACUUCUAAACUAUCCACAAUGCACUAUUUCUCGCAAUGCACUAUUUCUCAAAUGGAGGAUCUACUCUGCUACCGAGUUUGUAUGCUAGCUCGAGCUGGCUAAUGUUGACUACACAUCAUGCUUCUCACAGACUUUGUGGCUGUGUUAUCUAGUGGGAACCUGUUAGCACGGCAGGCUCUGGUGCUUGCCAUGGGCUCAAAACGAAAGAGAAUAUCAUACCUACUUGCUUUAAUUGUGUAGUACCUCAUCUGUUCUCCUUUUUGUUUUGUCAACUUUUGCCAUGUUCGCUGUGAAAUAGGCUACGGGAGUUUUGUAACUUUUUCCACCUUGGCUUAGUGCUAGCACGCUAGUUGACAGACAUCUAGAAUCUAUCUAUUUUGGAUUUCUGCUGGGUGAAGCACUCGCCUCCCCCUCGCUUUGGUAGCUAACUCCGCCUGCACUCUUUUCAAAGUUUUAUAAUUGGAUGGGCCCCAACCAUCAAUCUAGGUGUCCCCGGUGCUGGCCGGGUUCCUGGGCGCCGGGGUCCUGGUGGUCUCGGUCACGGUGGCAGUCUUCCUCUGGACCUGCUGCCAGCGUCGCUACCGUCAGAUGAUAGGCAGCUACAAGCUCCAAUCGGGACCCUGCGACCCGGCCGUGGACCCACCCUACAAGUUUAUCCACAUGCUCAAGGGAAUCAGCAUCUACCCGGAGACACUCAGUAACAAGAAGAUCGUCCGCGUGGGCCGACGCCCGGGCUCCUCGCGAAAUGGCGGCGGAUCCGGCGUCGAGUGGGGUCGUAAUGGCGAGCGAGGAAGAGGGGGAGGAAGGGUGAUGCUGGUGGACGCUGACCCAGAAACGGGCCUGCUCAACGGCUCCACCCACCUGCAGAUGAGCCACCUGCUGCCUCCUGCUGAACAGCCCAGGCUAGAGCGGGCGCUGCCCAUCCGAGCCGACUACUGCUGCCUGGAGAGCAGCUCCGGAGGUAACAGCAGUAGCAGUAGCUGUGAUGCCAGCAAGACAGCCUCGCCCUUUACCCCGUGCCAGGGGGAGGGCACCACCACGCCGCACGCUGCCCUAGGCACCCUCAGCCUGUCCGUGGACUACAACUUCCCCAAGAAGGCGCUGGUGGUGACCAUUGUUGGCGCCCAGGGUCUGCCGGCCGUGGACGAGCAGGCGGGUAGCUCGGACCCCUACGUGAAGAUGACCAUACUGCCAGAAAAGAAGCAUCGGGUCAAGACCCGCGUCCUGAGGAAGACCCUGGAGCCAGUGUUUGACGAGACGUUUACGUUCUACGGCGUGGCCUACAGCACACUGCCCGACCUCACACUGCACUUCCUGGUGCUCAGCUUUGACCGCUUCGCCCGUGAUGAUGUUAUCGGGGAGGCGGCAGUGCCUCUGGCUGGGGUGGACCCCAGCACGGGACGAGUUCACAUCACCCAACAGAUCAGCAAGAGACACAUCCAGUGUGUGAGCCGUGGGGAGCUGCUGGUGUCUUUGUCCUACCAGCCUGUCACUCACAGGCUCAAUGUGGUGGUGCUGAAGGCCAAACACCUGCCCAGGAUGGACAUCACUGGCCUGUCAGGCAACCCAUACGUGAAGGUGAACGUGUUCUACAGCCACAAGCGCAUCGCCAAGAAGAAGACGCACGUGAAAAAGUGCACACUCAACCCCGUUUUCAACGAGUCAUUCAUCUACGACGUGCCCGCCGAGCUACUGGCCGACGUCUCCGUGGAGUUCCUGGUGGUCGACUUCGACCGUACCACCAAGAACGAGGUGGUGGGCCGCCUGGUGCUGGGUGGCCAGAGCCUCAUGCCCACUGGGGUCACCCACUGGAGAGAGGUCUGCGACAACCCCCGCCGGCAGAUUGCCAAGUGGCACACCCUGUGCGAGUAUUAGGACAGCUCAGAAAAAUCUCCCCAAAUUUUCAAAAAUCGUGCAAUUUCUCGGAGUGGGUAUUCUGUCGAAAAACCACCACUACUAUUUCAAUCCUAUUCUCUUAGAAAAAUAAAUAAAAGAAUGAAAUAGAACCCUUCCCGUCUGAAAUAAAGAGACCCAACUAGACCACCGUAACCCCACCCAGCAUGGACUUGUAAGGUAGGACCACUCUCUUCUAUGAAAAAUGACCGCAACCGUUGAGACGACCACCGGGGCCGAGAAAGAUCUGACCAGACUUACAGGAAUCACUGACGACAAAAGACUUGAUUGAGGAUUUCAAAAUCUAUAUCUGAAUAUAUAAAGACAUAUUCAAAUGUACACACAAAUAUAUAGCCUACACAUUCAAGACUGUUAGUGAUAUCUAUGUGGUCCUACCAGUUGGGUGUGGGUGUGAAGGGAAUGUGGUUAAUCCAAUCAGAGUUCACAUCAGAGUGCGUCACAACCACCCACGCUCGUUCUCCAGCCCCUGUCACCCAUAUGUAUAAACAUUCAAUUACUUGCUUGCUUGAACAAGUUAAAUAUAAAACACACCUGGGAAGGAAUGUGGCCACAGAAUACAGUAUGCAAGACUUUCUCUUAACCUAGUGUACCAAUUCCCUUUAAACCAGGAAGUAUCUCCUGGUACUGCACAAAAAUGGGAGGGUUUAUGUUAAUUAGACCGUGUGGUUAAUUUAUUUUGAGAUGGGGCUGUUUUUUAAAGUAGGGCUGUUUUUUUUUUUUUUUUUACAGGAGUGGUAAUAUUAGUGUGGUCAAUUUAUGGGGCAGGAUAGAUUACUAUAUUACAAUAUUCACGGGAUAAUACUGACAUCGCUAAGUGUUUUUAAGUUAUGGGCAGGUGAGGCUAUAGGGAUGUCUUGAUCUUAUCUACCACCACGUUUAUGUUUCUUAAUUUCAAUGUGGACCAUAUAUGUUUCAUCAGUAAGGUCACAUGUAGCAACAAAACCCAUGAAACCCAGUAGUCAAACUGCGUGAGUCAGAGCUUUUUCAUGCACAGUGUAAAAUGGGCUCGAGUUCAAGCCACCUUUCUUAUCCUACUUUAGCGAGGCAGAGACAAAAUGGGGAAUUUCAUUUUAUGGGGCAGAUUCAUACCAACGCUGGCAUAAUCGGACAAUAUUCACCUGCAGUUCACGUACAUGUUGGAAAACCUGUGUUCAGUAUAUAACAAUGUGUCUAUGAUAAGUCAAUCAAUCAACCAAAUGUAUUUGUAAAGCCCUUCUUACAUCAGCUGAUGUCACAAAGUGCUGUACAGAAACCCAGCCUGGUGUAGAAGCAGGACAAGUGCAUUGUGGAGCUAAUCAAAACAGUUCAAUCUAAAUUGAGGGGAUGGAAAAUCACUCUGCUACAAAUCUCUGUUAUAUUCCUUCACUGAACCCUCCCUCAGUAGCACACAACCUCAGUGGAUUGGGUCUACCCCGUUAAAUGGAUGAUUUCUGGUUUUACUUUGUGACUCCUGUUGCUCUCCCUGUCAUUUCAUUGGUGCAUUUAUUUUUUAGACCUGACGUGAUUGGUCAAGGCGAGGCUGUAGCCAUGAAGCACGGGAAGCUAUAAUUGUACGGAUCUCAAUGUACUGAAAGCUGUUAUAGUACAUCCGUUGUCAUGGUGACCACAUGAGCAGAAGGCCAUGAAAUGAUCUGUAACUUUGUGUCUGUCUAUCACCAAUUUUACCAGAGAGAGCGUUGUAGUUCAUAUGCUGUUCCACAGUGGCCAUUUGGCCCUGUAUACACUUGCAUGUCAGUGCUUUUCUCCUGUUAAUUUAUUAGAAUAAGUAAUUGAGUAGAAUGGAGUAUAAUUUAUAGUCAUGCUAUUGGUAAUGGCUCAAUCGAUCCCUGUUUGAACUCACCAUCUUUUUGAAAUAUAUUUUGUGUGGGGUGAGUUUGUGUAAGAAUGCAAAUGUUCAUCUCCUGCGAUGUCUCAUCCACUGAAUUCAACGUGUCAGCUCUGGUUCUGCUGCCCUCCCUUCUCCCCGAGCUCUUGCUCUCUGUUUAUCACCGCUGUUGCUCCACAGCACGGCCCCCAUUCUGUCAGAGGAUUUUUGAACUAUGAUAGUCAAUAGCGAUCAAAUGAAGUCAAGCUGUCACUGCACACUGUCUCUUUGCUGUGUGUAUACACUGUAUCUCACUGUAGGUGUACACUGCUAACCACUUGGCUUGAAUGUUGCAUAUCCCUACACUCACACACAGGUAAACAUUGUACACAAUCAGCUUCACCGGCCUCUGAGGUAUUCAAACUUAUUAACUAGCCGCAACUUAUUAACUAGCCGCAAUGCUAGCUUGAGUUUGAGCUAACUUGAGCUAGCAAAUAAAUGACCAUAAAUGUCUGUUAUUACAUGUUAUUUGCGUGGUGUUGUCACUCAACAAGCUUCUUUGGUUAAUGCUUGGCAUAUCACAGUUUUAUGUAGAUACCAUCGAUAGCGGUUUUGGCACUCGUAAGUGUUUAAGCGGGCAGUUGUGUAAUUUCCUAUGAAAGUCGUCACAUUCCACAUGGAACUGAGAGUAGGCAGUAUGCACAUCUGGGCUGCACACUGAACAUUUUGUAUAUCUGCACUUUGAAAAGCCCAAAGCAACCUUUUUUGUUUUUAUCGCUGGUUGAUUUGAUCCAACUUUUUUUUUGCCACAGAACCUGAUUAUUAUUUUUUUGCCUCUCUUUUGAUACUUUUGAAAACAAAUAUCUAUAUGUAGUUAUUGUAACAUAAGAGGCUAAUAUCCUGGGCAGUUCAAGUCCUUUGUCCUAUAGUUUUCCCUCACAGCCAUGAGAUAGGAGAAAUUUGUUCGAUACAUGCACAGUAUCUUCAGUUUCCAUCGAAACUAUACAUCAAGGCAAUUUGUUGAAACAAAAUGUAAUUGUCAUUAAGAAGCACUGUGUCUCGGAACCCAUUUCAGGCUUUUGGUUUCAUAAUGUUUGAAUAAUUUGCACAGCACUUUAAAAAAAAAAAUCGCAACAGCCGCACAGGUUUUGAUAAGAGACAUUUUUCAAACGGUAGUCUUUCCAAUUCAGAGGAAGGUCCUCUGACUAUCCUUUUGUCUUUGUCUCUGUAGGAGGCUUCCAGUCUGGGGCAUGAUUUAAUUAUAUGGAUAUAAGAGCCGUUGGAGUGAGGUAAAAUUGCAUUAGCCCUAACACCAUAACCUCACUUAGUCUUGGCUUGGGCAAAGAUGUGCUGGGCAGUAGCCUGGAAAUGUGUUUGUAUUUACCAUAUGGGGCCCUGAAGGUAGGCUACAAUGCCCAAGUUUGUAGUGUGAGCACAGGCUAAAGCAUGUCCCAGUCUCACCACUGAAAAGCCAAUGGGUUGUAGUCCACCGUUUGGUCAACUUUGCCCAGGAGGUUCUAACAUGGUGGCUGAGGAAUAGUGUGAUGUUAUCUUUAUUCAUUGCUCUGUCAUUGCUGGAGAGUUAAACGGUACAUGUGUGUUGGAGUGUUGGAGGGCCAGUAGGAGGCACUCUUUCCUCUGGUCUAAAAAAAAAUAUCCCAAUGCCCCAGGGCAGUGAUUGGGGACACUGCCCUGUGUAGGGUGCCGUCUUUCGGAUGGGACGUUAAACGGGUGUCCUGACUCUCUGAGGUCAUUAAAGAUCCCAUGGCACUUAUCGUAAGAGUAGGGGUGUUAACCCCGGUGUCCUGGCUAAAUUCCCAAUCUGGCCCUCAAACCAUCAUGGUCACCUAAUAAUCCCCAGUUUACAAUUGGCGCAUUCAUCCCCCUCCUCUCCCCUGUAACUAUUCCCCAGGUCGUUGCUGCAAAUGAGAACGUGUUCUCAGUCAACUUACCUGGUAAAAUAAAAAAUAAAAUAAAACAUCUAGAAAGGAGUAGUGUUCAGGCUCCUAACUGUAGCCGCGCUAGUAAGGGUUGCGUUCAAUAUUUAAAAAGUGUUAAAGUGGAGCAUUUUUGGAGGUGAAAGGAGAAUGAUGACAGCAUCUUAGCAUUGUUGUCUGUGGAAAAGGAUGGCUGUCAAUAUGUCUUUUGAUAAGGACACAAGUGUUUUUUUUUUGUCUCACGUGUCUGUGCAUGACAUAUAAUUACUGCGAGAGAUGAGAUGUCUUUGGCUAGCAACAUUGUGAUUUCUGUUCAUGACAGGAAGGUUUAGUAGAGAUCAAAUCAAGAUGUAUCAAUUGCUAUCUAACAUAUUUUAGAAAACAAACCGUGUACAUUCUCCCGUUUCUGUAUCUUUGACCGAUUUUUCUAGUUUCCUAUUUUUAUGUUCUCACUGUUUCUUUCUGACUUUACUUUGAGAUUCUGGGUUUGUGUAUAUUACAGGUGCCUGUGAUUGAUAUUCAACAGUUUCUUCUUCCUAUGAGCAUUUCCUUUUGUAAAUAGCACAGAAAGCACUCUGCGAAGAUCAGCAACGAUGUCCCAUAUCACUGAAUAAUCCAAACCAAAAUUAGAUGCUCUGUCUUUGUUACCCUCUGUUUUGCUGGCCUCCCCUAAAUCCAUAGCUUAAUUAAAGCCUCUUUUUGUAGAUAUCAAAAUGUAAAUACAGUAUAACCUUGUGUAAAUGACAGUUUGUUCCCAAACACUAUCAGGCAGAUGCACUGCCGCCUGUCGUUAGCGUAUGUGAUUGUUCCCCCAGGAAUGGCAAAGGGCUCUCCCCUCGCUGUGAAUGUGUUCAACGGUUUGGGUGCCUUCCCUCUUCCUAUCCCUUGGCCCUGACUGAAUCCCUCUCUCUAGUCCACUCUCCUUUUCCUCCCAUGACAACCCGUCCCACUCUUUCGCUGUUGUGUGUUGUACAGACAAAUCUGAGGUGUGAAUAAAAAGAGACAAAGAAAUCAAUGGGUUGUGAGUAUCCCAUUGGCUGUCAAUGAUUCACCGCCUCAGUCAUAAUUGAAAGUCAGAGUUGUACGUUGUGUGUGGGGGAAAUGCAAAACAAGACCAGUACUCUGAAAUGUGUUUAAACUGCAUAAUGCUAUGAAGUCUAUGCUAAAUAUAUUACACUAAUGCUGACUUGUUGAAUUUGUUAACACAAUGAACGUGCAAAUAAAUAAACUGAUAUACUA